AUUAUAUAAAAAAGGCAAAAUACAAAGCGAAGACACAGACACACAGCGAAAGCAAUUGAGGAGAAACAUGGAAGACGAUGAGAUAGAGGAGGGGAUGCUGGUGGAGGAAGAAGCUGUUCAGACGCAGAAGAAACCAGAGAAGUCGCCGUACGAAAUGCUUCAAGAGAGCAAGUCCUCAGUUGAGGAGAUAGUGACGAAGAUGCUCGCCAUUAAACAAGAAAACAAACCUAAAUCGGAGCUCCGCGAGCUCGUCACUCAAAUGUUCCUCAAUUUCGUCACCCUCCGCCAGGCGAAUCGUUCGAUCUUGCUCGAUGAAGACCGAGUGAAAGCCGAGACAGAAAGCGCGAAGGCACCGGUGGACUUGACGACGUUGCAGCUCCAUAAUCUGAUGUACGAGAAGAGUCACUACGUUAAAGCCAUUAAAGCUUGCAAAGACUUCAAGUCCAAGUACCCAGACAUCGAGCUCGUGCCUGAAGAAGAGUUCUUUCGCGACUCCCCUGGCCAUAUCAAAGCGCCGACAUUGUCAAACGACGUCGCGCACGACCUUAUGAUGAAGAGGCUCAAUUUUGAGCUGUUUCAGCGGAAAGAGCUCUGCAAGCUUCAUCAGAAGUUGGAGAUACAUAGGAAGGGUCUGUUGGAGACGAUUGCGAAUCGGAAGAAGUUCCUGUCGAGUCUUCCUUCGCAUCUGAAGUCGCUGAAGAAGGCGUCGUUGCCGGUGCAGAAUCAGUUAGGGCUUCAACAUACCAAGAAGCUCAAGCAGCACCACUCGGCCGAGUUGCUUCCGCCGCCUUUAUAUGUAGUUUACUCUCAGUUCACGGCGCAGAAAGAAGCGUUUGAUGAGCAAAUUGAGUUGGAGAUAGUGGGAAGUGUGAAGGAAGCUCAAGCUUUUGCUCACCAGCAAGCAAACAAGGAUACUGGCGUUUCAACCAAUGCGGAGACUAGUAGGCUGGAGGAUGAUGCACCAGAUGAGGAAGAUGAUGGGCAGAGAAGGAGAAAGCGGCCGAAGAGGGUUCCAGUCAAGCAGAACCUUGAGCAAUCAGGGGUAUAUCAAGUUCAUCCGCUGAAAAUCAUCCUUCAUAUUCAUGAUGAUGAGGCUUCUGAUCCAAAGUCUUCAAAACUUAUGACCCUCAAGUUUGAGUAUUUGUUGAAGUUGAAUGUUGUAUGUGUUGGAAUUGAUGGAUCCCAUGAGGUAGCGGAGAAUAACAUCUUAUGCAACCUAUUCCCAGAUGACACUGGCCUUGAGCUUCCCCAUCAGUCAGCCAAGCUCAUUGUUGGUGAUGCUCCUGCCUUUGAGGAAAGGAGAACUUCCCGUCCAUAUAAGUGGGCUCAACAUUUGGCCGGAAUUGAUUUCUUGCCUGAGGUGUCACCUUUGCUUGCUGCCCCUGAAACUCCAAGUGGUGAUACAGUUAAACAUGAUGUUAUAUCUGGUCUGUCACUUUAUCGCCAGCAGAAUCGAAUACAGACAGUUGUACGAAGAAUUCGCUCCCGGAAAAAAGCUCAGAUGGCUCUUGUGGAACAGAUUGAAUCACUUAUGAAGCUUAAAUGGCCUGCUUUGUCUUGUGAAAGUGUUCCAUGGGUUUUGCAUACCCCUUUGUGCAAAUUGCAUGGUUUUUCACCUGUAGGACCUCCACCUAAUCUGGCAUCAUCUUUGUCUGUCAUAGAUAAGGAGCAGGGUCAGGAACCUAUGGAUGUUGAUUUGGUUGGACGUUCUGGUUCUUCAAAGGAAGAGCUGGAGAGUAUGAGGGAAGAUGGGGAACUUCCAUCUUUGGUUCCAGUUGCAUCAGUUUCCAGUGAUACUAAACUUGCUCACCAAAAAGGAGCUAAUCUUGACCGCUCCAGGCGGCUGGCUUUACUUUCAAAAAGUCCUCCUAUCAGCAAAGCAAAAUCGCUAAGUUUUAAGAAACAUGAUGAAGAUUCAGAUUUUUUGCUGGAUAUUGAGAGUGAUCUUGACGAACCAGCACAUGUUGUGCCAGAGGAAGAAAAUGGAGUGCCUAUUGAAUGCUUUGAGGUUGCUGGAAACUCAUGGAUGGAUUUUGGGGUCAGAGAAUUUAGUCUUGUUUUAACCAGGAGUAUAGACACGGAUAAGAGGAAAGCGAAGUUGGAAGCCAAGAUUAAGAUCAGCAUGGAGUAUCCUUUGAGGCCUCCUUUUUUUGCAUUGAGUCUUUACAGUAUAUCUGGAGACAACCAUAAAGAGAGCAAUGACUCUGAGUGCUAUAAUGAACUCCGUGCAAUGGAAGCAGAGGUCAAUCUGCACAUAGUGAAGAUGUUACCUCAAGGUGAAGAAAAUAAUAUCUUAGCUCAUCAGGUUUGUUGUCUGGCAAUGUUGUUCGAUUAUUACAUGGAUGAGGCAUCCCCGUCUUCUGAAAAGAGACUGAGCACUUCUGUGGUUGAUGUUGGUUUGUGUAAGCCUGUUAUUGGUCAGCUUGUUGCCAGAUCUUUUAGAGGAAGGGAUCGCAGGAAGAUGAUAUCUUGGAAGGAUAUGGAAUGCACUCCUGGCUAUCCUUACUAGACUGAGUCUCAGUAUCUGAAUAUGAAAAAAACUGUUGCUGCUGGACCACUGGAGCAGCCUAUCAGCCAGGUGCUGGAAGAAACUAUCGGAGGAUAUUUAUUUGAACAAUUCAAUUGCAAAGAACUUUUCUUGCUCAUUCAAAAUGUUAUUCACCUGUUCAGUAUUAUUUCACAACUAAGCAUGCAAGGCAGACGACGACCAUAAUUUUCUGGGAUCAUCAAAAUUUAUCACCUAUAACUGAUGAGUGUGGAGUUUAUGAAGAGAGCAUCAUUGACCUUUGGGUCCACUGGCACAUCAUCUUUUCGGAAAUAGAUUGAGCAACAUUCAGGUGGCACCGUGCUCAACCGGUAACUAUUUCUUGUUUGAAGAGAGAUCUUCUGUUCAACUUGCAGCGUGAAAAUUAAGCUGUCUUGGUGAUCUCAGGGCAAAAAUCAUAAUUGCCUUGUCAUCUUUAAACUUGUAAAACACUCAUGACUGUAACAAAGAGAUUGAAGAUUGAGGAUUGAUUGUUGAUGUUAUUUUGACUA